AUGACCAACAUCCAGCAGGAGCAGCAGCAACAACAGGAGCAGCAGCAACAACUACUGCACAUGAGUUAUUGCAUUGUCGCCGGCGUCGUCAUGAUCAAACUGAGGAUAGAGGACUUUUAUGCCAAAUCCUUUGUACCCAAUGAAAUUUAUGUGGAUUAUGAUAUUGUGAACUUUGAGGAAAUCAAUGUUAAUCUAACCGUUCAAGUUCCCUUUCCCGGCAAACUUCUUAUGCAUAUUUUCGUGAGGAAACUCUCCAAUCAAGUGGGUGGCUCCGAUCAAAUGGAUUUGCUUCGAAUGAGAAAUAUGGAUCUCUGCAAGCUGCUCGAUUCACUUCGUAAUAUCACUGUGGAGGAGAUUCCGGGCGAGAGUCUCUUGCCCUCCACUUUUGUGGUCUCUUGUCCUUUGGUUCCUGGCUUCUACUUCGUGCAAAAUAGCUCCAUUGACUCGAAACUGGUUCCUUUUCGCAUUCCCGAUGGCAGAUAUAUGGUUCUGUUGGAGCUGAUACAAGUCUAUGAGGAAGUUAUUAAAGUGAUUUCCUGCCGGAUCAAGUUUGCCAUGAAGACGCCACCGGGAUAUCAGGAGCCAUCAGUCCUGAAAAGCAGCGAGGAAAUAGAUGAAACCACUCAACAGGCUGAAUUGGAAAAGAAAGAGACAAGUUCAGAGGUUUCCCAGCCAAGCGAAGGUGACGAUGAAACAUCUACGGAUUACCCAAAAAUAUAUUUUAUGUGA